UCUGGGCAGGUGAUCGUGUACCCGACGAAGAAGUCGCUGCAGAAGGUGGGUGCGGCGGUGGCGCUGAUGGGCAUGUGGCUGCUCUCCUUCCUCCUGGCGCUGCCCAACUUCAUCUGGCGAACCCUCAAGAACCACGAGGUCAAACUGCCGGGGAUCGAGACCGUCAGCUACUGCGUCGAGGACUGGCCCUCCGCCCACGGCCGCCUCUACUACAGCGUGUUCGUGAUCGUGGUGCAGUACUGCCUGCCGAUCCUCACGCUGAGCAUCGCCUACGCCCGCAUCUGCAACAAGCUCAAGUACCGCAUGGCCAACAGCUCCACCCGCUCCUCCUCCCGCAGCAGGAAGAAGGACGGCCGCAUGAGGAGGACCAACACCCUGCUGGUGUCCAUCGCCCUCAUCUUCUGCCUCUCGUGGCUGCCCCUCAACCUCUACAACGUCGUCGUCGACCUGCACAACCCCUUCGGCGACGACACGGAGUCCAUGCUCAUCGUGUACUCCGUGUGCCACAUGGCCGGGAUGUCGUCGGCCUGCUCCAACCCCCUCCUCUACGGCUGGCUCAACGACAACUUCCGCAAGGAGUUCCUGGAGAUCUUCGCCCUGCUGUGCCCCUUCUGCCCUCCAUCGCCAACGCCCUCCGCCGCAUGAACAGCUUCAAGACCAGUCGCAUCGGGAAGGACGGCGGCUCCCUCAGGUCCCUCCCGCCCUCCAGCCACCCCGUGGUGCUCUACACGAAGGCCGUCGAGGAGCAGACCUGCAAUGGCAACAGCGUCGA